AUGACUGUCCUCACGCUGUGCCGCUUCGAUGAUAAAGGCACGCUAUCACUAUCAGAUUGUGAUAUAUUGACUACCAAGUUCGUCGCCAUAUCCCAUAUCUGGUGUAAUGCCUCUUGGCGCGAUGUGGAUCACAUUCCAUUCAAGAUUUUCGUUUCUCCUCACAAGGGGAGAUUUAUAUCUGAGACACUACCACGCCUUCUAGCGCCGGGACAAUAUUUUUGGAUGGAUGUCUUAUGUGUCGAUCAGUCCAGCAAAGCGGCCCGAGUCGGUGUCGUCAAACACAUCCGAGAUAUUUACAGAAAGGCAACCAAGACCAUCAUUUUGCGAGAAGCUGGAGGCUUCAAUGCCUGCUGCGCAACUAUCAUUAAUGAAUAUCUGAGCUUCAAAGAGGAUCCUUUGCAUUAUCUACGGGACGUGGCAGAAAUCUUGGAUCCCAUUGAAUGCCACAUGAAUACAUAUCACCCAACUGGACUUAUGGAAAAGUGGCUUGAGAGAGUUUGGCCCUUGCAGGAACUGCAGCUGUCUGACUCGAUCCAGUUCGAAGUAUGUCAGGAUGGUGACGAGGAUCAGGUGGGUACCAAGGAGCGCUGCUUGGAUGGAAUGAAUUCAAGGAUAGAUCAGUUGCUCAGCGCCGGGGAACUUUGGGUUCGUUGCGGAAACUGGAAAUGGGAACUCGAUGCAGAGCGGAGUGCCAAGCUUCAGCGAGAAACUCCACGUGAGGAACGAGUUCACAGAGAAUUCCUCGAUAACUUGUUCCAGGACGACCAAGUGCUAUCUCGCCGACAUGAAGCCAAAAAGAAGUUCAUAGCUGCGAUUUUGGGAGAUGGAAAAGCCUCUCGCGGAAUGACGGUUCAGUCUCCAAGUUCCGAAUUGAAUGCGUCUCCGUUCGAGCAGCUACGGCAAUCACAGGGAAGCGCAAGAGAAACUAGCAAACCCAGAGACUUCAUCUUGGCUGUAAUGGCCCAGUUCAAAUGGUACGAUGUACCAUCAUGCGCUGUAUCGGCGGAUCUUGGUAUGUUUUACGAGGACUGCGUUACGCAAAUCAAGUCCCUUUUUGAUCGGAUACAAACGCCCUUCCAUUCCCAACGUUUCGACGAGGAUAUUCAACGCGCACAGGAUAUCAAACCCAAAAUCACAAGAGGUCUUAUAGAAGGUUUAGAUGUAGAUGCUUCCGACAGCAGUCUACCUUCACACAAUGUUCCGAUUCCCAAGACCUUGGGGGAUUUUUGUAUGAUGCUGUCAUAUUCGAGAUACGACGACCUGCAAUGGCGUGAACCACAGUGGGAGUGUCCAUCAUCAGGAUACUGGAAGCUACAAUCGAUUAGUGGGGAGGAUUCGGCAGAAAGUAUCUUGGAUGUUAUUAGCCGAAGCCUCUGGUUUGCGAACUUCAAGAUGCAGUCCAAUUUUUUGCAGCAAUUGAGGCGUUGGAAGAGUGAAAGCAAAACAGAGGUAACUGCGAGAGAUAUCAACGAGCAGCCGGAAGUUCUGGUUCCACCUGGCGUAGACAAUCUCCUCGCACAAAUCUGCAGCUAUCACGGUCUUGUCCGGUCGAUACCGCUGCACAAGAUCAAAAAUGACAUGGUUUGGCGAGGUGAUAUCAUCCAGGGUACGCCGAUUCGAUGGAGCGGACAUGCGGCGUGGGAACGGAUUAAGAAAGUCAUCCUGGAUCAUGACAACUUCGACUUCAAGGAAGCAACCUUAGGACUCGCAACUACUAUCGCUUGUGGCCUGGGUCUAAGCGCUCUUCCAUGGAUCAGAAAGCAUCUUAAGCCUCAAGUUCUCGUGCUCUACGAUGCCGAGAGUGACACCCGCCAACCAUUGCAGCAAAUUCUCUGCUUUGUUUCGAAAAUCUUUCAGCUUGACGACCAUGAUAGCGCCCAGAUCAGCGCAUACGAGCGAUUAAACGCGCCUUACAUACUGAUGAGGACAAGAGAUGCUACGGAUGCUCACGUGGCUAAUAUAUUUAUAAACUAA